AUAACGCAAAUAGAAAAGCCCCACACAUCUCUCUUUUUUUUUUCUUCAACCAGGACGACUCAUGACUCGGCGAUGACGGCGAGCGAGUGGGCGAAGCAGGAAGUGUCCGCAGCGGCCACGGCUCGCUCGUUCGCCGGCUUAGCCGCUUCCUAGAUAGGGCCGUGCCGUGGUCUGAGGCCUUGACGAGGCGCUUGAAGUGGACGAGGCGGUCGGAGGCGUCGCUUGAGGGAGGCCAGAACGAACCCGGGGCUCCGCAGCAGCCGGUCCCUCUGAGAAGAUGGAGCUCGGCCGGGCCUGGCUAUGAAAUUUUCCAAUAAAUGAAGUGUACAUCCUGGCUGGACUCAGUGGAUAAUAAUGAGUGGUGCAGCUUUGGGCAUUGAGAUAGUGUUUGUCUUCUUCCUGGCUUUGAUCAUAUUGCAUCGGUAUGGAGACUUCAAGAAACAACACAGACUUGUGAUUGUAGCCACGCUUCUAGCUUGGUAUCUUUGCUUCCUCAUAGUAUUUAUAUUGCCUUUGGAUGUCACUACGACAAUAUACAAUCGAUGUAAGCAUGCUGUAAAUUCUAGUCCAUCUGAAAGUAGCAUCACCAAUGGAUCUCAGUCAACUCCCACUUCCGGAAACCGUGAGUGUUUCAAACCAUGGAGCUAUAUUCCUACUGGAAUCAUGCCCGUCUUCUGGCGUGUUGUAUACUGGACAUCACAGUUCUUAACAUGGAUUCUGUUACCCUUCAUGCAGUCCUAUGCUAGGUCAGGAGGUUUUUCCAUUACUGGAAAGAUUAAAACUGCAUUAAUUGAAAAUGCGAUCUAUUAUGGCACAUACCUUCUGAUAUUUGGAGCAUUUUUAAUAUAUGUGGCCGUAAAUCCAAACUUCAGCCUGGAAUGGAACCAACUUCAGACCAUUGGGAUAGCUGCUGCAAACACUUGGGGUCUCUUUCUUCUCGUCUUGCUGUUAGGUUAUGGCCUGGUUGAAAUUCCACGUUCUCAUUGGAACGGAGCGAAGAAAGGUUACCUCCUGAUGAAGACUUAUUUCAAGGCUGCUAAGCUGAUGACCGAGAAGGCGGAUGCCGAAGAAAACUUGGAGGAUAUAAUGGAGGAAGUCCGUAAAGUGAAUGAGAGCAUUAAGUACAACCACCCCUUAAGGAAAUGCGUGGACACAAUAUUGAAGAAGUGUCCCACUGAGUAUCAAGAAAGAAUGGGCAGAAACAUGGAUGACUAUGAAGAUUUUGAAGAAAGGCCUAAUACUUACCCGACAGAGAAAGGUCUGGUGAAACUUCACAAGCAGGUAAUAUAUUCUGUUCAGAGGCAUCGUCGUACGCAAGUCCAGUGGCGAAUUCUUUUGGAGCAAGCCUUUUACCUGGAGGACGUAGCAAAAAAUGAAACCAGCACCGCGCGUCAGUUUGUCCAUACCUUUCAGCCUCAAGAACCUGAAAACAAAGUUAUCCAGUACCUCUAUACACCAACUGUUGAAUGGUACUGGGAGUGCCUCCUGCGGCCGUGGUUCCACAGAAUCCUUGCCAUCGUUUUGGCCGCAUUUUCUUUCAUUGUUGUGUGGUCGGAAUGCACCUUUUUCAGCACCAACCCGGUUUUGUCCCUGUUUGCGGUCUUCAUACAGCUGGCGGAAAAGACUUACAACUAUUUCUACAUAGAGAUGGCGUGCUUCUUUACCAUCUUUUUCCUCAGUAUCUGUGUCUACUCUACUGUCUUCAGGAUUCGUGUAUUUAAUUAUUACUAUUUAGCAUCGCACCAUCAGACCGAUGCAUAUAGUUUGCUUUUCAGUGGCAUGCUGUUUUGCCGUCUCACCCCUCCCUUGUGUCUGAAUUUCUUGGGCUUGACUCAUAUGGAUUCAUCGAUUUCUCACAAAAAGACCGAGCCAACUGCAUAUACAUCUAUUAUGGGAUCAAUGAAAGUAUUAUCCUUCGUUGCAGAUGGGUUUUAUAUCUAUUAUCCCAUGUUGGUUGUCAUUCUCUGUAUCGCUACUUACUUCAGUCUAGGGACCCGGUGUUUGAAUCUUCUGGGGUUCCAGCAGUUCAUGGGAGAAAAUGAGAUGACCUCAGACUUAAUAGAUGAAGGAAAAGAAUUAAUCAGAAGAGAAAAAAGGAGACGGCAAAGGCAGGAGGAAGGUGAAAACAGAAGAAGGGAGUGGAAAGAACGAUUCGGGAACAACCGUGAAGAUUCUGCUAGAAGCAGAAAUGUUCAAGCAGACCAAAAAGAGUCCAGCUUCACAGAAACUAAUACAAAUAGGCCAGUUGCAUCUAAGUACACCAGAGCAAAUGGGAGGAAUGAAAGAGAUAGAAUCGAGCUACUACAGGACGCAGAACCCUUGGAUUUUAAUGCUGAUUCCGUCAGUGAAGAUCCUCUUGACUCAGACUCAGGAAGGUAUCAACCGGGUGGAAGAUAUCUGUCAAUGUCGCGAAGCCGAAUAUUUGAUGACGUCUAAGCCCAUGAGUGUUGCAUCCAUUGCUUUGGGGGAUUCUAUUUUAGUAACAUAUCCUGCAACCAAAACGACCUCUGAAAAACGAAGGGUGGGGAAUGAAGGAAUUUUAUUUCUUAGAAAUGCACUUUGUGUACCAAGUCGCCCUAAUCCAUGAUGGGCCAAGUGUUGGUCUCCAAAACUGGGAACACAUCAGCAGUGCCUUUCCCUUGUUUUCCCCCCUUCAAUAACCCAUCCCAUUUUUGCCAUCUUGGGGCAAUAGUUGUGUGAGCUAUAGGUAGAUGCAGGGGAUAAAGAGGUUUGAUAUUAAAGCGGGUCUAGGAAAAGAAGGGACGGGGUAGAGAACAGUAAGAUGCUAGGCAGAGAGCAUAGGGACGAAGAACCUGGGUUCUUGGCCCUGGUGUUGGUAUUAUACUGGAGAUCUCUUCAGAAAGGGCUGCUACAAUUCACUCAUGUACAGGAAGGCGUGGCGUGAUGCAUAAAAGACAGACAGCAUCUCACAGUUUUAGAUAUGGAUCAGGGAAAUAAUUCUAAAUUAAAGGGCAAUGUUUUAUUUUUGAAUGAACCAGUGCAGAGCUCAAGCUGAGCUGUCUUCUGCUUUUGAGAUUAUUUGUUUUUUUUCCUUUGGGGGACUCUUGAUUUUGGGGAAGGUAAUUUGCAUUCUAAUAUAGUCAUGUCAUCAGUGCUAAUGCAGAACAGUUCACCAGAGUGCUAUAUUUCAGUGAAAGCUUGCAGACGAUCGUCUAUAAGACUUAGAAUAUUGGGCUCUUGUCUGGUCACAGGCUGGUCUUCGGCUCAUGUUCUUGAACGGCUGGAGACGUUUCAGUACAAAUUUGUCCAAAACCAUUUGGCAUAAUCUGAAACGCCUGCACAUCAGUCACCAGAACUGAGAAUGAUUUCUGUCCUUCUCAUAUGCAUAUGAGUGACGUUAACAAUUCUGUUGGGCUUUUGCGCCCAUGCAUGCUAACAGUUCCUGGCACUGUUUUAUACUUUAGAGUUUUAUACUUUAGAGUACACACACUAGCACAGGUUCAAUGAAACCCACCACAAAUACUACUUUUGAAAACCUUGUAUAGCAGCUGCUGCGAAGAAUCUUUUGGCUCAACCACUUAUAAUCGAGUCUGUUCACAAAGCUUGAAUUGACGCUGCAGACUUCAUCUCUUCAAAAAAAUACUGUACAGUUCAGAUAGUUCUUGUGACGUGUGAAACUCUGCUUUGCCUUUUAAUAACUGGAUUUCUGUAGCGUGAUCCGGGCUGCGCCACGAUUUUUAUUGCCUUUCACGAGACAUCCGCAUCUUAACAGUGCCUGUGCUUUUUGGAGCCAUCCUGGCUCUGAUAGAAGCUCAUGUGCUUGAACAUCCUGCAGAUGAAUAAGUGCUUCAUGCUUCAGAUGCAGAUUCAAGAAACAUCAGUUUGCAAGCGGCACGGACAAAACAUUUUGCUUCACUGUGUUCAUGUUGUAGUACAUUUAUGGGGGCCACUAAAACCUCAAAUGAGAUCAAAAGGCAAAUACGUGAACUGGAGAAAAGUGUGUUUUGUGCUUUGUUAGUACUCUUUAAUGUAAAAAAAAGAAGACAGUCGCUAGACACACGCAAAGGCUCAAGCGUGUCAUCUGCCCUGUUUCAUAUGUGAAAAGGUGUUGCCUAAAUUCAUUGUGGAUUUCUUGGGUGUUAAAAAAACAAGUGAUACGAGUGCAUUGUAUGCUAAACAAUAAGGCUCUCAACCUUGCACACAGGCUGAUUUCUGUUGAUUUCAUUUGGGCUUCAGCAGCAUAAAUUGUGCACAAAAACGUGCAGCCUUAGACUUUUACCGGACAUUAUGAGGAACACAGAGCUGCUGUUAAUGUUCUCUUUCCUGCUCUUCCUCAAAAGGUCUGGCAAAGCACCAAGCCAGGUAUGAGAUCAAGCUGCUGUGUGUUGACCUGUUUUUGCUUUGUAUCGUUGGUCAUCAGGCAGAGCAGCGCAACGUGAAUGCUAUGUGACUCCGUUAUGGUGAUGCUAUGUGACUCCGUUAUGCCUACCUAAAGUUGAGGAGGAGGAACUAAGAGAAACACAGCUUUGUAUCUCUUUUAUAACAUCUAGUUAAAAGUCUUUUAGCCUUCAUCAUUGGGAAGAAUCAGUGUCUAAAGUGAUUCAUGGUAGCUUCAGUGAAGUGAAUUUAAAUAAUGCGUGUAUUGAAAGUGAAUGGUAAAAUUACAUUACCUGUCUUACAAAGAUUUGUGAUACAAUUGUCGUGGGUUCAGGAACUGAGAUCCCUGUGUGCGUUUAUGUGGGUGCCUAAAUAAAUGCAAGAUUGAGCCAGUGCUGAACCCCAACACAUGCCUGGGUUGAAAGUGAAUGGUAAAAUUAUGUUACCUGUCUUACAAAGAUUUGUAAUACAACUGUCGUAGAGUCAAGAACUGAGAUCUUUUCCCGUAUUUAUAUAGGCACCUAAAUAAAUGUAAGAUUCAGCCAAUGCUGAACCCCGACAAAUGCCCAUCUUGGAAAUCAGACCCACAAGUAUAUCUUAUUUGCAGAAAUAAUCUCUUUAAAAUGUGGUUUCUAUGAACAAAUCCGGGAACAAAUCUAGAGGUUUUAGCUCAGCAAGAGAUAAUUAUAUAAAAUUGUUAGCAUUCAUUUCGGAAAGGAUUUGCAAACAACAGUUGGCAGUAUUGAUAUGUUUUCUUAAUAACAGGGAACUCGCCAUCCAAGUAGCAAUUAGCAUGUGUCUGGGGAAUUCAUGAAAUUUGGGCUUGUUCCUACGUAGUUUUUACAUCAUAUCUGUGCAUCAGAAAGCCUUCAGAAUCUUUUAUGAGUUUAAAGUCACUUCUAUCACCAUAAUAGUAGGAAAAGUUACUUUUAGAAAUAUCUGAGAGAACCAUGGAGCCUACUGUGGGUUGUUGUUUUUUAAA